UCUUUGAAGGAAUAACAUUUUCUGUGGCAUGCAGUGGUGUACGUGGGUGGGAGCUUUCUUUAUGCAUGUGUGUACUUGUACUGAUGCUGGAGUCUUGAUUCUUUAGUCUGGGUGGAGGACAAUAAUAGAGAGCAACUGUGUAACCCAAAAGAGACUUGAUCAAAUUUUGGGCACCUGGCAUACAAAAGAGACCUCAAGGACAGGGAGGUUGUCCUUUGACUUUUGAGGAUGGUGCUUCAAAUGGUAACAUGAUUGUUCUAUCUUUGGGUUGGGACAUAAACAGGGGAGUAGAAAGAACAAGGAUGCCCUAUGGAUAAUGGAUAGAAUAGAAGAGAAUUUAGAGGGUGUUUAUGUAUUUAUUUUCCUUCUCUGUUUUGGUUAGUUGAAUAAAUUAUCCCUCUCGACAAAAAAUUGCAGCAGUAACCUUUUUGUUACUUGAUUUUCAAUGAGAAGACCUCUACUUCCAUAAAAGUACUCCAGUAAGUAAGAAUUGAACUUCUAAUUUAUCGAUACAAAGACAAUUGUUUUUAUUAGCGAGAUUUAUACGGCCACCUAACAAUUAUCAUGAAUUGCAAUUUCUACCUAACUUGCUAUCCCAUGCAAGAGUGCUCCUUUCAUGUCUCAUCUUAUCAGAACCUACUACACGAAUUUCCUUGCUCCAAAAUCCAAAGAGGACAAUUUUCUUCUAUUCAACUACUCUUAUAGUUGUGUUUUUGGCUAUGAUCUAACAACUACUAUUAAGUUCUUUAUCUCCUUGAUAAUUGGAUAUCGCCUGUCACACUAAAUUUUCUGUCUUUUUAUUACAAUAAUCCUCUAAUCAUAUAUCAAGAUGUCCCAAAAUGUUCUCACUAUACGUGAAAUGAUUUAUCUAGCCAAAUUGAACUCACUUCUAUAUGAUCAUACGUAUUGAAUACGGUAAUAUUCCUUUCAUUCGGGCUUCGGCCCCAUUCUCCGUGGGAAGGGAUGUGCCAGGACCCCUGAGCCCAGUUCAAGCGAAGCUCUUAACAGCUGAAGGCCCGGUAACUCGGUACGUUACCAGCCCAUAUAGUAAGCCCAGGCCCGUGUGAAUCACAUUUCAUCCUACUCUCUCUCUCUCUUUCUCUCUCUCUUCAGUCGAGAAAUCACCCAACGGAAUGCUCUCUGAUAGAGAAACGAAAAGACGAAACCGAGAAGAAAACAAAUCCAGAGAGAGAGAAGGAGACGGAAAAGGAGGAGAAAAGGAAGGUUUCUCUCUCUUCUUCUCCCUUCCGCUUCAGCAGCAAGCAUCAAGAGCAGCAGCAGCAGAGCUCAACUGAAUCCACUGCACCUUUCGCUUUUUUUCUGCUCUGCGCAGAGUAAGAUCUUCGAAUUCUCCAUUCCAGACUUUCUCUUUUGCCCUCCCUCAGCUUUCAUUUUCAAUAAGUCUGUGCGAAUUGCAAAAUUUCUGAUACUUUCAGUCUCGUUCUGCUCCUCUUCCCAGUUGAACGAAUUGGAAGCUGCCUAUUUUCAAUUGAGAUUGGUUUUCCGCGGGAACGAAUUUAGGGAUUCGGUUUAUGUUGGCUUUCAUUUCUGGCAGCAGGGAGGGUUUUCUUGGUGAUUUAUGUUGAUUUCCUCACUUCAGCGGGGAGGAAUCCUGUGAGUUAUAUGGUCCCAAUACUCGGUUUCCAGUUGUUUAUGUAGAGCGUUGUUGCCUGUUGGCCAUUCAGAGGGCUGAACUGCUGUGGAGCUAGGUUUGAGAGUUAUCUUAUUAGAGGUUAGGUGAGUAGUUGAAAACCAAAUGUCUGGUGGUGGCAAUAACAACAACCCGCCAAAGAGCCUGGGGCAGUCUUCAUCUCCAUUUGGGAAUGUUGGGAUACUCAACUCAUCUCCGGUGCCUACGAAUCAAGGGUUCCCACAGUCACAAGGGCAGCAGCAGGGACAGAUUAGUGUAGGGUUCCAGAACCAGUUCCAGCAGCUGUCUCAAGCUCAAGCUAGCGUCCAAGCACAGCUGAAAGCACAAGCAGCCCAUGCUGCUCAGGUUCAAGCACACGCCCAGUUCCAAGCGCAUUUACAAGCGCAGGGGAUCUCCCUCAAUCAGGGCCAGAAUGCCGGGAUGGGAGGAGGCUUCGGGACUUCCUCCUCGACUUCAUUUGGCACCCCUGGGUUGGCCAGCAGUGCAAAGCGGGUUGGUCAGAAACCACUGGGAAGACCUCCUGGUAUUCCCAUGAACAACAUGGUCUCUCCUCCCAAAAUGAUGGAUUUAACUCCAGCUAAUCGUAAGAAGAAGCAGAAGGUGCCAGAGAAGCAGUUGCAUGAGAGAGUGGCGGGGAUUCUUCCAGAGUCUGCACUUUAUACGCAGCUUCUCGAAUUUGAGUCCCGUGUUGAUGCUGCUCUAGCUAGGAAGAAAGUUGAUAUUCAGGAGGCACUUAAGAGUCCUCCAUCUGUUCAGAAAACACUGAGGAUCUAUGUCUUCAACACGUUUGCCAACCAGAUCAAAACAAUUCCCAAUAAACCGAAUUCCGAACCUCCUUCCUGGACUCUAAAAAUUGUUGGGAGGAUUUUGGAAGAUGGAGUGGAUCCUGACCAGCCUGGUGUACUUGCUCAGAAACCGAAUCCCUUGUUACCAAAGUUCUCGUCUUUCUUCAAGAGAGUGACCAUAUCAUUAGAUCAAAGAUUAUAUCCAGAUAAUCACAUGAUCAUAUGGGAGCAGGCUCGCUCGCCUGCUCCACAUGAAGGUUUUGAAGUGAAGAGGAAAGGAGAGAACGAGUUCACUGUUCAUAUUCGCUUGGAUAUGAAUUAUGCGCCUGAGAAAUUUAAGCUAUCUCCAGCUUUGACAGAAGUUCUUGGUAUCGAGGUAGAAAGCCGCCCUAGAAUAAUUGCUGCAAUCUGGCAUUAUGUAAAAGCUAGGAAACUGCACAGCCCAGAUGACCCUGCUUUCUUUAACUGUGAUCCACCUCUUCAAAAAGUAUUUGGGGAGGCAAAAGUGAAGUUCACUAUGGUUUCGCAGAAGAUAUCUCAGCAUUUAUUUCCUCCACAACCGAUCCAUUUAGAACAUCAGAUUAAGCUCUCGGGGAAUAGUCCUGUGGGGACAGCCUGCUAUGACGUGUUGGUAGAUGUGCCAUUCCCAAUUCAAAGGGAAUUGACAGCAUUGUUAGCGAAUGCGGAGAAGAACAAGGAGAUUGAUGCAUGUGAUGAAUCAAUAUGUGGUGCCAUCAGGAAAAUUCAUGAGCAUCGUAGAAGACGAGCAUUCUUUCUUGGGUUUAGUCAAUCACCUGUUGAGUUUAUUAAUGCUUUAAUUGAAUCACAAAGCAAGGACUUGAAGCUUGUAGCUGGAGAAGCCAGUCGAAGUGUUGAGAAGGAACGCCGAGCAGAGUUUUUCAAUCAACCAUGGGUUGAAGACGCUGUAAUCCGAUACUUGAACCGCAAGCCUGCUGCAGGAAGUGAAGCUCCUGGAAGUGCAUAAUUUUAUAAAAUGGUUUUCCAUCUUGCUUGCUCAUUUAAGUGGUGGAUGAUUUAACCUAGGAUGUUUUAAGUUAUGAUCCAAAUUUGUUGAGAGGAAGAGGAAUCGCUCCAUGCUUGUAUAACCAGAAUUCUGCUCUGCACUGUAGCUCUUUCUUGAAAUAGGAAUUAUGCUUGUGGGUCUAUUCUAUACAUGUAUUGGAUCCCAGAAUCAGAAUGUAGUUCGUUGGCAGUUGUGUUAAUGGCAGAAAGGUGGCGAGGUUCGUAGCCCUUUUCUUCCCUUCUCGUCUUUUGUUUUGCCUGGGACUGCGUGAGAUAUAGUAGCAAACAGAAGUUGACCGAAAUCAUUUACAUGUUAAUUUAUCAGAUACAUUAAGGAGUUGUUGGUUGCAGUGAUUUUGAUACUGGCCUGUUAAAGGUUGAUAUGAUUAUAUUGUUAUUUUAGAGGUUGAUAUGAUUAUAUUGUUAUUUUAGAGUUUUACCAUGUACUUGUGAUGAGUCUGUGCCUGUUAAAGGUUGGGACUUUGCUACGGUGACAUGCACUUUCCGGUCGACCUCAUAUAGAAUCAGGUCGACCUAAUCAGUUGUUUCAGUGUACAAACAGUUUCAUGGUGCCUACUUUGGAGAUUCAUAUCUUACAAUUGGCUAGAUGGAAAUUGGAGAUUAAAGGCUUGUUUUGAAGCUGAAGUGUCCCUCUACACAUUAAAGUACUUGGGAGCUCAAUAGAAAGUCUAGAAGACCAUUUUUGAACCUGACCAAAAGGCUAUGCCAAAACUGGGAAACUGCCUGAAAAUGGCUAAGUCUGGCAACGUGUUUGUCAAGCCUACUUUGGAGCUCAAUUUGACAAGCAUGGAUGCGAGUCAAGUCCAGGGGCCUUUACCACGUUAAAUUACGUAUUUUUUUAUACAAAGGCAAGACAUUGAAUGAAAGAUUGAAUAUCUUUAAGGCUUCAAACAAAAGGCUCGAAGUUGCUACGAAGGCUGUUUUUCUGGCAGCUUGCUUGUGCUCGAAGUCUGCCAGAAAAACAGCCUUCGUAACAACUUCGACCCUUUUGUUUGAAGCCUUAAAGAUAUCCAAUCUUUCAUCCAAUUCCUUGAAUUUGUAUAAAAACAUACCUAAUUUAACGUGGUAGAGGCUCCUGGACUCGACUCGCAUUCAUGCUUCUCGAAUUGAGCUCAAAAAUAGGCUUCACAAACACGUUUCCAGACUUAGCCAUUUCUAGGCAGUUUCCCAGUUUUGGCAUAGCCUUUUGAUGAGGUUCAAAAAUGGUCUUCUGGACUUCCUAUCGAGCUCUCAAUCACUUCAAUAUGUAGAGGGACACUCCAGCUUCAAAACAAGUCCUUAGUCUUCAAUUUCCAUCUAGCCAAUUGUAUGAUAUGAAUAUCCAAAGUAGGCACCAUGAACUGUUUUUACACUGAAACAACAUAUUAGGUCGACCGGAUCCUAUAUGAGGUCGACCGAAUCCUAAAUGAGGUCGACCGGAUCCUAUAUGAGGUCGACCGAAUUCUAUGUGAGGUCGACCUAAUCCUAACUGAGGUCGACCGGAAAGUGCAAGUCACCGUGACAUGCAUGUCACCGUAGGCACACCCUAAAGGUUGAUAUGAUUAUAUUGUUAUUUUAGAGUUUUUUAGUAUCUGGUUCUCUCCGUCUGCGCAAAUCUUUAGUUUCAUUGAUUCUAUCUCCAGUGACCAGUGUGGUUAAACAAAGAUUAACAAAUUGG